UUUUCAUUCACUAGGAUAUGAAAUCAAGAAUAUUCAUGUCACAGCAGUCAGCACAGCGCUAGCGCAGGCUGCAACUGUGACCAUCCCCACUUCGCCAUUGAAAGAGAACACUCGAGUGAUCAUUUGAUAUCGUGUCACGAAGAUGUUUUGAUUGUUGCACUAUUCCAGUGGACCAUAGAAACCUCCUUAUCGAGUAUUGAUUGCUAUGAUGGUAUUGUGGACCACAGCUCUGAAUUACUGUUUUCGAACUUUUUUUCCUGUGACUCUUAUUGCCAUGUUAGACAGAAACAAAACAGUAAAAUUGGAAAACGGUACAGAGACAUCUCAAAUGCCACCAGACUAUGGUCCUAGGUACCCUUGGACUCCCUUUCAAGAGGGACAACUCAUUGGGGCCUACUUUUACGGUUAUUCCAUCAGUUCUCUACCAGGCGGUCCUAUAGCUGAGUAUUUUGGACCUUACUGGACUGUUAUUGUUAGCUCUUUGAUCUGUGCUGCUAUAACUUCGGCCUCUGUGUUUGCAGUUAUGGAAAAUUGGGUCCCCCUUUUCGUUUGUAGGCUGCUUGUUGGUUUGUCAGGAGGCGUUCAGUACCCUUCUCUGCAGUGCCUCAUGGGGGCCUGGGCACCCCCAAAUGAAAAAGGCAAGUUCACAGCAUGCCUCAUGGGUAACGUUCUUGGUUCUGUUAUCACUCAGUCGAUUGUUGGUUUUCUUGUUUCUACGAUGGGCUGGACCUGGGGUUUCUACUUCACUGGAAUGGUUUCAGCGCUGUUCCUCAUAGGAUGGGUGUUGUUGGUUUCCGAUUAUCCAGAGCAGAACUGGUUUUGUGGAGCCGAAGAAGUGGCUUACAUAAAGGAAUCUCAUGCCGGGUCUGUUAAAAUAGGAAAGUCGAAGCCACCUAUAUUGCAGAUCCUGACGUCCAUACCCUUCCUUAGUUUGGUGAUUGGUCAGUUCGGAAGCCUUUGGGGCUUGUAUUUAUUGCUGACGGUCGUGCCUAAAUUCAUGGCAGACGUUCUUAAAUUCAAUUUGAAAGGAGUUGGUUUCUUAUCUUCGACGCCAGGCAUCUCCAGAUUGAUAUCAGGUUUUAUAUUUGGAGCAAUUGCCGAUUUCUUCAUAAAGAGGGAGUUAGUGAAGAAAGUGGUCGUAAGGAAAGGAUUCAUUACAUUUUCUCAUUUCUUGCCUGGUAUUGUAAUGUUUUUAUAUUUGGCUAUUGAGGAUAAUGUACCAAUAGCUGUUGCAUUGUUGAUUAUUAUGAUGGCUUUCAAUGGAGCAUGUGUAGUGACUACAAUAGUCAACCCUCAAGAUUUGGCUCCUAAUUAUGCUGGUACACAGUUUGGAAUCAUGAACUUUUUUGGCAGUAUGCCUGGUUUCAUUAUUCCAGCUAUGGUAGGGGAAUUAACGAAAUAUAAGAGUGAACUUCCCGAAUGGGCAGUCAUCUUUGGUAUAACUGGUAUUAUUUAUAUAUCUAGCGGUAUUGUAUUCGUCCUCUUCGGCUCUGCUGAUUUGCAGCCUUGGAAUGAAAAGAGAGAAACAGGGCCAGCUCAAGGUGGAAGCUGAGUUAAUUUUUUUAGAUUUGUUAGUUCGUUCAUGGAAUAAUCAUUUUCAAUUUUUUUAUUUUAGAAUUGUAUUAGGAUAUUUCAUUAAAAAAAAAUUAUUAUUCUC